GCGGGUUCUUCGGCUACCAGGCGCACGGUCACGUGGUUCCACCGCACGGCGGCUGGCGCGGGAAGCCGCGCGAGAGCGGGCCCCGGGGUGCGUGAACGGCGCCUUUGCGUGCUGUGCGCCGCGCGGGAGCCCGCCCCUCCCGCACGGAGGAGCCGGCCCGCCGCCGCGGCGGAGUCUGGAGUCACAAUGGAUAAUACCAGCCAUAGCCUUGUCCUUCUACAGCAGUUGAACAUGCAGCGAGAAUUUGGUUUUCUCUGUGAUUGCACAGUUGCUAUUGGAGAUGUGUACUUCAAAGCCCACAGAGCCGUGCUUGCUGCUUUUUCUAACUAUUUUAAGAUGAUAUUUAUUCACCAAACAAGUGAAUGCAUAAAAAUACAACCAACUGACAUCCAACCUGACAUAUUCAGCUAUUUGUUGCAUAUUAUGUACACGGGGAAAGGGCCAAAACAAAUUGUGGAUCAUAGUCGUUUGGAAGAAGGGAUUCGAUUUCUCCACGCAGACUAUCUUUCUCAUAUUGCAACUGAAAUGAAUCAAGUGUUCUCACCAGAGACGGUGCAGUCUUCAAAUCUGUAUGGCAUUCAGAUUUCAACAACCCAUAAAACAGCUGUCAAACAAGGGCUGGAGGUCAAAGACACUCCUGCCAAUAACAGUGGAAACAGAGGUUCUGUCCAGGGUGACCACCCCCAGCUGCAACUCUCUCUUGCUAUUGGGCUGGAUGAUGGUACUGCAGACCAGCAGAGGACCCAUCCAUCCACUCAGGCUUUAGAGGAGUCCCAGAAGCCUCCAGUGUCCAUCAAGCAGGAAAGAUGUGAUCCAGAGUCUCUGAUCUCCCAGGGCCGCCCCUCCCCCUCACCAGAGGUAACAGGCCCUUCUUUUACAGAAAACAGUAUCAAAGUCCACAUAUGUCAUUACUGUGGGGAGCGUUUUGAGUCCCGUAAUAACCUAAGACAACAUCUCCAUACCCACGUGUCUGGAUCACUCCCAUUUGGUGUUCCUGCUUCCAUUUUGGAAAGUAAUGACCUUGGUGAAGUCCAUCCACUAAAUGAAAACAGUGAGGCUCUUGAAUGCCAUAGGCUCAGCUCCUUCAUUGUGAAGGAGAACGAACAUCAGCCUGAUCACUCAAAUCGAGGUUCUGCAGAGCCUUUGCAGAUCAGUCAGGUGUCUUUGAUCUCCAAAGACACAGAGCCAGUAGAAUUGAACUGUAAUUUUUCAUUUUCAAGGAAAAGAAAAAUCAGCUGUACCAUCUGUGGUCAUAAAUUUCCUCGAAAGAGUCAGUUACUAGAACACAUGUAUAUACACAAAGGUAAAUCUUACCGAUACAACCGAUGCCAAAGGUUGGGCAACGCAUUGGCUCAGAGAUUUCAGCCAUAUUGGGACAACUGGUCUGAUGUCCCCCUGAAAAGUGCUCGCUUAUCACAAGAACACUUAGAUUUGCCUUGCGCCUUAGAGUCAGAACUCACACAAGAAAACGUGGACACAAUCCUAGUUGAGUAGCAGCGUCUUCAGAAUUUUUACACCAAGGCAUUUUUUUAUUCAUAAAUUAUUUUCCUC